AUGUCGAUAUCGACGGCUUCGUCGAUGCCGGAAAUGACUCGGAUAUGUCUGGUGGGGUCGGUUGCGCACGAUGCAACCACGGUUGCGGCCGCGCAAACCUUCCAGCUGCCGGUGGUGACCUCCGACACCGGUGCCGAGUAUCUCGCCUGCGACGACGACGGCGGCGACGACAGCCUCAACACGGUGUUUGUGCUGAACGACUUCGAGGGACCAGUUUACGAUGCGAUCAAUCGCGCCAAGCAACGGAUCCUGGGGCCACCGGCCUUACAGCAGGCUGUAAGAUUCAACGAAGGGCUGACGUGGAACAGCCGUCCCAUCUACAACUACUGCAUGCGUGGCGUCGUCACCUGUUUCACGGGUUUUCGCAAAAAGGAUGAACUGACGAAUAUGAUCGGGUUGAUUCAUUCGAUGGGAGGCUCUGUACGGGGCGACAUGGGCACUAAGGUGACCCACCUGAUAUGCAAUUAUAGUUCUGGCAGAAAAUACCGGUAUGCAACGACCUUCCGGUUGGCCAUCAUUCGCGUGGAUUGGGUAAUGGAGGCUUGGAAAAAUCGGCACGACCCAAAUUUCAGUGCUACUACCGAGACGUUCACCAACCAGCACCGGGUCAAGGUUUUCGAGGGCCACAAGGUGUGCUUCUUCGGGUUCCAGGAGGACGAGCGGCAGCACAUGAUCGAUGUGCUGAAAACGAACGGGGGCAUUCCAACCGAGCUCGACGAUCCCGAAUGUUCGCACGUGGUCGUUGACGAGCACGCCGUGCAUUCGAAGCUGGAAACAAAGAACAAAAACACUCACAUCGUAAAGGCGGACUGGUUUUGGUACACGAUCCAGGCAGGAUACGCGAAUGAGAUCGACUUCCUUUUUGCCGACUAUUUGGAAAGCAUUGCCCAUACACCGGUGGUCGAUCGGCGAGAUUCGCUUCCAGUGAGCUUCAACAAGCGGAAACGUAAACGACUGUCGCAGAGAACACCGGCGGAAGGUACUCCGCUCAGCGUGGGCAAACGGCGGUCAUCCGUCUCCGAUGCUGGCUUACUGUCGGUUUCAGGUAGCUUUCUUGAUUGCACCACCAGCCCGGACAAGCACGAGGCUAGCAAGCGCAACGUCAUCUCGGAGGCGGGCGAAGCGCCGUUGGAGCAGCAGCCGGCCAAGAAGCAAACGAAGCGCUAUCACUAUUUUACGGACUUUUUCCACACAGAAUCGAACUACGUUGGCAUCCUGGAGAGCAUCGUGAAGCUCUUUAAAGAACCGUUGGAAGAGAUGGUUGAGAGCGAGAGUGCGCUUCUCAACAAAUCGGAGCUAAGGUCCAUUUUUGGCAAUUUCCUCCCCAUCUAUGAAGUGCACAAGGGGAUGCUGGCCCGAUUGCAGGCAAUCCACGGCAACUGGUCGGAAGAGGCAAUGAUCGGACAGAUCGUGCUCGACUAUCGGGAAGAUCUGCUGAAAGCUUACCCACCGUACGUGAACUUUUUCGAGCAGAUGAAGGAAACGCUCGUGCAGUGCGAUACAAGCAACCCGCGGUUUCAUGCAUUCCUCAAAAUUAACCAGGCCAAGCCCGAGUGUGGCCGACAGUCGCUGCAGGAUCUAAUGAUACGUCCGGUGCAGCGACUACCCAGCAUUAGUUUGCUGUUGAAAGACAUUUUUGAGCAAACGGCCGAAACGAACGCCGACAAACAGAAGCUGAAGGACGCACUGACAGCAAUCAGAGAGGUGAUGACGUACAUUAACGAGGAUAAGCGUAAAACCGAAGGCCAGAUGGCACUGUUCGACAUUUUUAAGCACAUCGACGAAUGCCCGUUCCUUUUGGUAUCAUCGCACCGUAAAUUCGUAUCCCGCUGCGAGGUGACCGCGCUGUCCGACAUUGACAACCUUAUCGACCGUGGCGAUCCCCUGGUGCUGUUUCUGUUCAACGAUACGCUCAUGGUGUGCAAGAAGCGCUCGCGUGCGUUUAACAACGCCAAAUCACCAAACACCAAUACACUGAACCUGACGCGGUCCUCUUCCGCCGGAACGAAACCGUACAAGCACCUCAAGUCCAUGCCGCUGAGCACGGUCCGUCUGGUGGUUAACAUCGUUGACAGCCCGCGCGCCUUCCUGCUCAACUGUCGCGAAAUGGCCCCCAACGCCAAGGAUUGUCACUACUCGUUCAACAUGGCCGACGAAGAACAGGACAAGCUGGUCUACCUGCGGAGCCUGUCGAAGCAGAUGGCGGAGAACGCGUGCCGGCCGGAUGCGGCCCACUUUCUAAUCAACAGCACGGCCGAGGAGGUCGACAUUGAUGUGAGCGACAUCAAUGUAGGAACGCUGGCGAAAGCGUUCAAAUUUGCGUCGAAAACUCGCAUCAGGGUUGGACGUGCUUUUUCGUUCAACAAAACGCCCUCGAAGCUGAAGCGUGCCGUGUCCACAAUGAUGACAUCACCAUUCGGCAGCACUCAGUCGCUAACUCCGGCUUCGCAGCUGGCGCAGAUGAAACUGGCAAGCUGUACGAAUUUAAAUGAGGUCGGCGAGGAAGCGGGCGAAUCGAACGGUACAUCACCGUCGGGUGCUUCGACGGCGAACGUGCUCGUAGCACCGUUGUCCGUGCAACCGACGCGCAAAAAUAAGAACCCACCGGUAUCGAUUGUAACCCUGCGGCACCUUUAG